AACAAAUAAUUUAAUAAAAAAAAAUAUUAGCAAAUUUUUGCCAUAAAAAAUAUUUUGCAAUUUUUUUUUCAUUUUUUUGAAAAUUAUGAAAAAUUACUAAAACUACUAAAUAUUGAUAAAUUAAAAAAAAAAAACAAAAAAAAAAAAUGAUAAUUAUUUUGGUGUUUUUCGUGAUAGCAUUAGGUGUUUUUCAUUUUUUAGUUCAUUAUGAUAAAAAGGGCAUUAUUAUUAAUAAAAUACCUGGACCAAAACCCCUACCAAUAUUUGGGAAUAUUUUAAGUUUUAUGGUCCCACAAAAUAAAUUAUGGAAUGUAAAGAGAAAAAUAAACAGGGAAUUUUAUCCCAUAAAUAGAACUUGGAACUUUGGAAGACCUUUUGUUAAUAUUUAUCACCCUGACGAUGCUGAGAAAUUAUUAACAAGUAUGAAGCAUAUUGAAAAAGGUGAUGUUUAUCACAUGACAAUGCCAUGGUUAGGAACUGGAUUGUUGACAAGUGCCGGAAUGAAAUGGCAAAAAAGAAGGAAAAUGCUGACACCAGCUUUUCAUUUUAAUGUUUUAUUGGAUUUUGUCGAUAUUUUUAAUGAAAAUGGAGAAAACCUUGUGAAUUCAUUGAAAUCGGAAAAAGGAUCUUUUGUCAAGGAUAUCGUACCACUUUUGACUAAACACACCCUAAAUGCAAUAUGUGAAACUGCAAUGGGGACUUCACUUCACGAUGUCAAUACCAGAGAUACAGAUUAUAGGUCUGCUGUUACACAAAUAGGCGACUUGUUUAUAUACAGAUUCUUCAGACCUUGGUUACAUCCUGAUAAAAUAUUUUAUUCAACCUCUGUAGGAAUUAAGCAGGCAAAAUUAUUAAAUAUUCUUCAUGGUUUUUCGAAUUCGAUAAUUUUUGACAGAAAGAAAUAUUAUGACGAUGUAAGGACAAAAUCGAACAUUGAAAUAAAUAAAAAAUCACAAAACGUUGACAACGAUUUGGAAUUUGUUAAAAAGAAGAGAAUGGCUAUGUUAGAUACUCUCAUAGCUGCACAAAAAAAUGGUCAGCAAAUUGAUGAUGAAGGAAUUAGAGAAGAAGUUGAUACUUUUAUUUUUGAGGGUCAUGACACAACUGCAAUGGCUUUAUGCUUUGCUGUAUCACUUCUUGCAGAACAUAAAGAAAUUCAGGAACAAGCACGAAAUGAAGUAGAUGAUGUAUUGAGAGAAAGUAAUGGUAAAAUGGGAAUGGGUGAAUUACAAAAAUUUGUUUACGUUGAACGUUGUGUUAAAGAAUCAUUAAGAUUAUAUCCCAGCGUUCCAAUGGUUUCACGAAAUAUUCGUCAGGAUUUACAAUUAAAGAAUUAUGUUGUCCCUGCUGGUUCAUGUAUUCAACUUUAUAUUUAUGAUCUUCAUCGAGAUCCAGAAUUUUGGCCAAAUCCACAGGUGUAUAAUCCAGAUAGAUUUUUACCUGAUCGAAUUCAAGGAAGACAUCCUUAUUCAUAUAUUCCCUUUAGUGCAGGAGCUCGAAAUUGUAUUGGUCAAAAAUUUGCAUUACUUGAAUUGAAGGCGAUUGUUGCGCACAUUCUUUAUAAUUUUGAAUUAGAGGCAAUAGAUUUGGCACAUGAAAUAAAUAUUCUCGCCGAUUUGGUUAUUAGACCUGCUCAACCAAUUCGUGUGAAAUUUAUUCCAAGAAACAAAUAAAUAAAUCGACAAUAAAAUAUAUUAAAAAAACAAAAAAAAAAUAAUUGUAAAUGAGAAAUAUUUUUUUUUUUU